AUGUCUGUGGGCCAAAUGCCCCACCUCAACCCGGCCCCCGUAAUAAAACUUAUUAUUUCUUCUGGAUCAUGGAGCUCGGAACACAUCAUCCUCCCACUUAACGUCGCUUCAAUCACCCCGGGCUACAUCUUUUUACCAAGGAUUGACACAUUCUAUCAAGUAAUGAAGAAAACACCGUCUUUGGUAACAAUACUUCGAGGAAAAUACUUUGAAAUUGUCCGAACAGGGCAGCUGGCUCCGACGUCAACUCUGGGCUGGCUGGAACUGAGCAGAAACGGACCGCUCUGGAGAAGAGGGCCGUUGGAUGCAAGGGAACCGGACCCCCCUCGGGUUCCAGGCCCCUAUGGCCUCAGAGAGAUCCAUGUCGUGAUACGACCGAUUCCAGAAAUCCCAGAUUGUACCAGAACUACCCCACCUGUCUUGGAAGAUCUGUUCGUAGUUUCAGAAGCCAUGCCUCCCCAAUCCCUGUAUGGGAUGGUGUACAACGGCUCACCAGAUAUCCACGAUAAUCUGACGCCCACCGUCUCCACGUACCUCUCCCGUAGCCCUGGGACUUCCAGUAGCUCGAUUGUGGGUAGAGGUCGGCGACGGGGGCCAGAAAUGUCGAGGGCACAGCCCCAGGCAGCGCAAGCUGUAGCAGGCCCAAGCCGACCCACACCUUCGUCCUCCAGCCGCCGACGACAAGCGUCGGCGAAUGGAAAGAAGUCAAAGGUUGUGAAGUCCACUACACAGCAACCGCUACCUGUCACUCCCCUGUCCAAGACCACCCGAGCCGAUAGUAGUCCCUGUUAUUGGUACCCACAAGUUGAACCCUCAAACCCUUCACUCCAACAAACAUCCAACACUUUUCCCGGAGAGGCAUUUCCAAACUUUGGUGCGAUCACUCCACCAGGAAUAUUCGGGCCGCAGCCCACCACAGGCCCUGUUGGCCCCUGGAGGGGCUAUGAUGCUGCGUCUUCAUCGGGAUGGCAAAACCCUGCCCCUCUUGAAGCCACAUCGGCACCCUAUCCGCACAUCCAGAGGUACCAGGAGUCGCAGCCAUGGCUUCCGGCCUCCAUUCCUGGAAGGGAUACAGUACGGGACCUCUUGGAAUCCCUCUCGCCGGCCUUGGGUAGCAGUGGGCACACCCCUGCGCCGUCGGUGCCUCAAAGCUCCACCUCCGACGAGCUUGUGCAGUUCUCUACAUAUUUCGAUGUAGAUCCCAGGCAAGAGUUUGACGCGCCAGUUUCUCUCGAUUGGUAG